AUGGAAACAAGACAUCCCAGACUCAGCCCGCAAGGUCAGGUCUCCCAAGACGAUGGCGGUCUGUGGAUGAAGAUGGACUCUGGCCCUGAGGCCCAAUCAAUAACCUCUGGUGAGACGCCCCAAGAUGAAAGCAAAGUCAUUCUCCCGGCCCAUGCAGUGAACUCGACGUACUACAGCGUGAUGGUUGUCGAGUGCGCAGAUGAUGUCUUCAUUCCACCACCUCCAUCUUUCAUUGCUCCUUUGCCGCCAGCAGAGGGCAGCACAGGCGCAAUGGUCAAUAAUUCCAGUGUGACCCUUUCAAAUGGGGCAUCUGACGCCACAGAGGCUAAAGCUAAUCCCAGCGGCUUAGACUGGCAUCAUGGAGAGAAGCAGUUAAUGGCAGCACAGAACAAGGUGGAUGAAGUGAUAGCAAGUACAACGCAAACGUCUAAGGAGUCUACGAACAUCGCAUCUCUGUCCAACGACAAGGACCCCACUCCACCAACAGAUCAAGUCCAAACAUCAAUGGAGGACGCUGGUUGUCUAACUGAACCAUGCCGUGAUCCGUCAGGAAGGCAUCACCAGGAUAACACCUCGAGAGACAGAGAAUCCAAUGAGGAACCUGGGGACAUUUGUAGGGAAACUGACGCAGGGGAAGACAAAACUAAAUCGGAGGAUAUAUGUGGUCUUACUGAGACAGACUCUAAACUAGUGACAGAAAAUGUCGACUGCGACGGUGCGGGGACAAAUGUACCAUCUGUCGGUGUGAAAGAUGAUGAUUUAGAGUCCCGUGGGCCACCAGAGCUCCUCAAAUGCAACCAAAACAAGAUGGACUCAGCAACCAAUCAGCCACAGGUAUCGGAGACUCCUGCAGAGAUGACCAAUGAUGAUCAGGAGCAUGUUGACACCAGAUCUUUGGACUAUAACCUCACAAAGAAUGACUGGGUGAGGAGAGAGAGCAGCUCCAGCGAAACGCCGGUGCCACGGCUCUCCACCUCUGAAGGCUCUGAAGAGCAGGGAGAUGGAAACAAGAGAAUAGCUACUGAUAUCCAACAAGGACAGGAACUGCUUCAACGUCUGCAACUGGUGCAGCAACGACAGGAGGUUGACCAAGAAACGAGAUGUGAGGAAAAUGAUGUGUUUGAGGCAGAAGUAGACGAUUUGACAGCAAGUGAAAUGAAGCUGACGCGCGGAGAUGAGAGGGAAUACAGUAGACUUCACACUUCUAUGGAUGAGGGAGCCAAGGCGAACCUGAAGGAAAAGCAUGAAGAGAACGAGAGUACAGACAGUGGAAAAGCAAGGAUGUCUUUUACCACAAUGUCUGAACAGCUAGCGGGCCAGAGGAUUACCAGAACAGACGCCGAUAACUCUGAUGACGAUCAAAGUGACAGCUGUGUGCCUGCGGAUUCGUCUCCAGUCAACUCUCAUGAAACCAAUGAAAUUCGCAGUCUAUCUGCCAGACACCAAUUCUCAGCUGCCGAAAGCUCCAUGGAGAAGCAGAUCCAAGAGGCAGGCCAGGAGAAGCAAAACCUGCAGAGAGCCGGGGGUAUCCUCAAUCUUGCGGAUAAUCCGGAUGUACUGGAGAUUCCCUUUAAGACCAAUAUCUUGCUUGAACCAAUCCCCCCCCAGGUUGGCCAAGGCCAACGCAGCGACUGGCAGUUCUCUGAGAAGAAGAUGCAGAAGGAGAUAAGUCAGGAGGCUCAGAGAGAAUUGGUGCUGGUCAACCAGGGGAAGAUCCCAGGAGGGUACAGCAAAGGAGAGGUCCGCCAGUUAAAGGAGACAAAGCUGCUAUUUGAGGCUUUCCAGCAGGACAACACGGAGGGUCCAACAAGGAACAGGAAACUCCCUACCACACUGAUAAGAGGUCAUGUGUAUCCUUCUGUGCUGGAGCGCACACGUAGCCUAGAGAUGUUUUCCCUCAAAAGUUGCCCCAUUGCCAGAACAAAUUCCCUCAGGCUGUACGAAUCUACAACCUCUGAGAGGGAGCAAAGUGCUGAAAGCCUCAGAUCAAAGAGCCCAACUGGGGGUACACGAGACAAAACACGCUUAUCCCCUUACCCAAAACAAGACAAACAGCCACGCCUGUGCAGAAGCAUGGACUCCAUAGGCACAGAUGUGUCCACAUCAGCUGUGGAUACUAGGGGCAAAACAAGGGAGGGAAUCACAAGACAAGGGUCUCCCAUCCUCAAACACAACCCCUUCUUCAAGCUGCGUCCAGCCCUGGCUCUGCAGCCGGAGGUAGAGAAGGACAUCCGGGAGGCCAAAGAAAGAGAGGAGGAGCUGCGCAGACAGAGAUGCACUCUGUAUGGAGAGAAUAGGCAAAACAGUCAAGAGGAAGAAAAGUCACGAUUGACAAAAAAGCUCGCUCCAGAUGUCAGACAUCAGUCCAGGGGGAAACUGGAGCGGGUCUGGCCACCGCCCUCCAAGCAAGACCAGAUGAAAUCUGAGCAGACACAGCAGGAGCCAAAAGUUCACAGAGCAGGGGGUCAGAAGGCUCCUCUGUGGCAACGCUGGGAGUCCGGCAUGAUCAACGGGCAGCCAUCACAAGAAAAGAACUGAUAUUGACCAUCCUGUCAACACUACACAUAAAAUAUCUAUGAUCUGUGAUGCUAGACAGCUGCACAAAUCUAAGCGGAGAUGAAUCAAUAUAACUAAAAACCCUUAUGGUAGUUCCAGCUUAAGUUUGCUCUGGCUAACUCUGCUUAGUAUCUGUGUAAAAUUCGCUUUUUUUGAUAUCUUGAACAUUAGUUUUAUUCAGCAGAUAAAUAAAGCAAAAGUAUCACUUCAA